AUGAUUAAGAUUGCACUGGCCGGGACGAGUGGUCUCGCACAAUACAUCGCUCACUAUAUAUCGACGCAGACAUGCCACCAAUUUUUCUUCCUAUCACGCAACCCGAACCCCGGCCUUACAGCAAAAGGGUGGCAAGUCCUCCCUGUGGAUUACGGUAACCUCAACGACGUGCGGUAUAAGCUCGUGGGCGUCGACACCGUUAUAUCGACCGUAUCCGGCCAAGCUCAACACUCUCUCAUCGAUGCUGCUGCCCAAGUACAUGUACGGCGUUUUGUGCCGUCCGAAUUCGAAGGCCCUCUUUAUCAGCGCCCGUCAACAAGUGACCCUCUUGAUCGCGGGCAAAAGCACGCACUUUCUCUCUUAGUCGAGAAGCAAGAGCUAUAUGGCAUGCAGUUUGCAGUUUUUAGCUGUGGCAUAUUCUACGAGAGGUUCUACCCCGAAGGGAUGGCAUCGCUGCAGCUUGGCGCUGGAACGCAUAUUUCUGGAGAAGGAGACUAUAUUGUGAAUCUCAGACAACGAACGGCAAUAAUUCCAUUUAGCCAUUCCAAUGAAGUUUAUGUACGCAUGACUUCAGCCGAAGAUGUGGCUCGUUACGUUGUUGCUGCGCUUGAUCUUCCUGACUGGCCGAGGGAAUUCUUCUUACCAGCCGAGAGAAUGAAAGUAGGUGAUAUUGUGACUAUGGCGGAACUGGCUUGUGGUGUUGAUUUUCAACGACAAUAUGUUGACGAAAAUGCCCUGAGAAACGCCAUUUCAUAUGCUGUAGCUACGGACAACAUUUCACAGCAAUAUCGCCUUCAUCAUUUGAUGGCUACCUUGCACGAUCGAUAUGACUACAGUUGGGUGAGCCCUCACCAGCUUGUUAACAGUCCAUCGAAGCAGUUCGCUGAGUGGUUGUUGGCCGCAUGGUGUACAGAGUAACCUGGAUAUUCAAUUUGACCAGGAAGGUGUUCACUUCACAUUAUAAUCCCUCCGCCGGUCGCAGGGCUUUAUUUUCACAUCUAUAUUUGACCCAUGAAUAUUGAUUGACUUGGAGUUUUAGAUGGAUAUGGGCUAAAAGUUAGGGUACAAGGAGGGCUUGGUGUUUCGGUUAAUUCCUACUCCCUAUUUUUUUUACAUGAAAACAGCGGGAUCUGACUACGACAAUCAACGGCAAACUUCUAACAAUGCAUCGUAUGAAUGGCAGCUUACAUGAAAUUCCUCUAGUCCGGCACAUUUUUUCCCUUACACGUAUGUUUCGACAAGCGAAUUUCACGCAAUGGUUAUACAUAUAAAUAGCAUAAUAUUAUCCCUUAGAAUCAUAAUAACUUUCGCUCAUUCCGGCUGCCCUGACUCGGAAUGUUUGCUAACAUCAAAC